AUGAUGCCGACCUUGGCUGUGGCACUCGCCAGCCUGUUGGCCCUUGCGGCUCAGGUGGCCUGCUCCUCCGCCUCCUCCUCGGCCGUGUUCGGCACCAAGCGGUACGCCCGUUCUAACCUCAUUCCAUCCGGCGACUACGGAAGCCAGGCUGGUGGCCUACCGCUGCCACCGGUGUACCACCUGCCGAGCGCUGCGAGGUACUACGACACGCAGGUACCUCCACAAUACUUCCCGUUCGCGCCGUACCAGGCCCCGAGCAGCGACUACUACGACGACUCCGGGUACUACGGGGAGGCGGGCAAGAGCUACUACUACAUGCCGCAACCGCAACACCGGCGCUAUCAGCGCAACAACGAGCGCUACACGUCGUACGGGAUGCCGACGUACCGGGGCGAGUACAAGCCGACACCGUACUACUAUGCGCCCGGCCCAAGCUACAGCUACUCGGACGAUCACGAGUCGAGUAAUCCGCUGGACGACCUGCACGAGGAGAUGCUGCAGGAGGACGAGCGGGAGCGGGCCCGGGACUACUAUCCGGUCGGGCAGGAGCAGUGGUACGAGAGCCCGUCGCGACCGGAUUCCGCCUUCCUGCGCAAUCUGAUCCUCUACAACCAGCAGCUGCAGGCGUUCAGCAAUGGACGCGGCAAGCCCCAGCUGCCCCCGCUGGACGUGUCCAACGAGGAGGACUUCGAGGAGUACGACGACCCGGAGGUGGACUACGAGUAUGACCUUCCGUUGCCCACCGACGGUCGGGGCAACUAUGACAGCUACUAUGGGACAGUCGGCGGUUACCCGAGCGAUUUGAGCUACGGUGGUUCCCCGGACAACCGGAACACGUUCAGCAAGCUGAACAGCUUCCGCAAUAGCAUGGCCAAGAACCAGAUCGCCGAGGAGGAUGAGGAGGUGCAGGAGUUGAAGUCGCUGAUCCAUCAGCAGAAGCAGAACAGCCAACGACUUCCACCGCUGCUGGUGGACAAAAUGUCACCAUUCGUCCUAAAGGCGCAGCAAAGUGUUCAGAGUCCGCAAGCCAGCUCUUCCCAGAAGCAAUUUCAACAACAGCAACUCCAACAGCAGCAGCAGCAGCAGCAACUCCAACAGCAGCAGCAGCUUCUGCAGCGACAGUCCAAGCAGCAGCUCCAGUCGCUGCAACAGCAGCAAAAGCUGCUGCAUCAGCAGCAGCAGCAAAGGCAGGAGCAGCUGCUGCUUCAGCAGAAGCAGCGCGAGCAGGAGGAACAACAACAACAGGCACGCCAGCUGCAACUGGAGCGCGAACAGAAGCAACAGCAACAGCAGCUCCAGUUUGAGCGGGAACAGAAACAACAGCAGCUGCUGCGCACCCUGUCCAGCGACUACCAGCCGGCGUUCAGCGAGCCGGUGGACAACAACUGGCAGAAGGACAGUCCGAGCUACAACGCGUACGACUACGACACCGAGUACGACGACUCAUGGAGUCACUGGGAUCGCAAGCGCAACGUGCAGCCCAAGAAGGCGACCUUCGCCAGCAAGACCACAACGCCCCGUUCAGUGCUGAAAACAUCAACAACGAAGACGACGACCAAGAAGCCUGCUCACACCGGAACCAGCACAACCGUCACCCCGGGCCCGACCGACAAGCAAGCCGCACCGAAGUCCGGCAGUGGGCAGAAGGAGGUGGUGCUGCCGAGACCAACCAACCCGAGGAACCUGUUCGCCGCGACGCUGAUCAACGCGGUAGACGAAUCUCGGGCGCAGCAGGCCGCCACCAACAAGGCGGAAGAGAACGCCACCAAGCUCAAGCAAUCCAAAUCCAGCAAGAUCUACGACACCAUCAAGGCCAUGAUCAACAUGCGGCAGAAUAUUGAGGAUGCCGAGCUUCGCCAGCAGUUAGAACACCAGAAACAGCUAGCUCAUAUCCACAAGCGGUUCGUGGCCAACGAGGAAUCGCUCGUCCAGGAGCUGGAUGGACUGAAACGGUCGGCUUAA